AUGACUAGGAGGGGGUGUAGAUGGCGAGUCGGUUUAGGGAACUUGAUACAUGUGUGGAAUGAUGCAUGGAUUAAGGAUGAUUCGUGUCGGGUUGUCGAAACUCCAGUAAUCGAGGGUUUGGAGAAUACGAGGGUCAGUGAUCUUAUGAUUCCCAAAGAGAGGAGGUGGGAUCGGAAUCUGCUAGAAGCUUUAUUUCUCCCACGAGAUGUUUUGGCCAUUAGUAGUAUUCCAUUAUCUGCAUCGGUAUUGAAGGGUAAGAGAAUUUGGCACUUUAGCAAAAAUGGGAUGUAUUCGGCCAAGUCAGGAUAUAGAGUAGCCUUAGAGACUGAGAAACUAGAAUUAUGGAAUGAUCUCAAGCUGCCUCUUAAAAUCAAGUUCUUUCUAUGGAGGGCAUGCACUGAGAGUAUUCCUACGCGCUUGAGUCUAAGGCAGCGAGGUGUUGAGAUUGAGGACAAUCGGUGCCAUUCUUUGCGAGAAGUACGGAGGAUGUGUGCAUUUUGCGCUGGUGGCAUGGAUUGUAUUGGCGACAACGUAAUGACCGAAUGUGGAAUUCCUCUCGAUUAUCUUGCAGUAGAUCGAGCUCUCAGCUUGGGGUUAGACUCUUAUGCGCAAUGGAAGGCAGCUCAUCCCUCUUAUGUCAAUAUGCAUCUCGGCACGACAGGGGAUUUGCUUACUACAGCUGUGUCCAAAUGGGAAGCUUCACUUAAAUGCAACAUGGAUGCUGCAGUACUAUUCAGUCAGAACCUUGCAAUGGGUACAAGAUUUAUUAUUAGGGACCGUCGGGGACAGGUCUUGUGGUGUGGAUGUUGGCAGAAUAGAGGUAUUUACAAUCCUCUAAUGGCGGAAGCCCUGGCCAAUCUAGCUUCAACACGUGAUAAUAGAGAUGGAUACUGA